UGUUGUAAAAAUGUGGUUUUGAAAAUAUUGUAUACAAAUGAUUUUAAUAAUAUUUAAUUAAAAACCUGAGUAGAAUAUUAUAGUAAAUAUAUUAAAAUUAUAUGGAAUAGGUAAAAAGUAUUACAAAAGCUGUCCUCACGUUUAAAAUGAAAAAGUAAUAAGUAUACUACACUUUAUGUCUUUAUGUAUAUAAAUCCCUGGUCUGUAGACUUGAUCGAUAUAGGUACACGGACAUCUCCCAAUCAAAUACACCCAUUUGGCCAUUUAAUUUUAAUGUAUACUGUAAUGUAGGUAUCUAAUAAAAUGAUACUAAUUAUAAUUUAUGUAUUGUAUUAAAUACAUAAUUUUCCAUUAUUUGAAUUGAAUUUGUGGUAAGUAUUAUUUUAGGUAUUUUAUAUAAAUUCAUGUGUUCAUGACUUAUGAAAUUAUGAUAAUAAAACUGUUAAAUAUUAUUUUAUACGUCGGUGAACUGUGCACAUUACUACGUAACUAUAACUUGGAUAUUUUCAAUUUUGUAUAAUAAAAUUAUAUAAAUAACAAGACUAGUCGUGCUUAAUGCUUAUCUCAGUAUUAUCGAUAGUACACGACACGCGUAUGCCGUCUCUAUGGACAGUUUGUAUUUACCCAGCUUGCCGUCAAAAAAUAUAUUUUUAGAUUUCUCAAAAUUCUAUGAUAUUAUUGUUUUUGAACGCGGAUUAUUGUGACGCGGAGUGGCGGAGUGGCGGAGUGUUGAUACCAGUUCGCGGCAGUGCCUAAAGAUUAAACAUUUAACGAUUUAACGUUUUAACUAUUUAUCCGCACGCCAUUACGACGAUACGUGUCUUCUUUCACACUACAGUUUACACUACAGUAACAGUGUGAACUAUUAUUACCAAAACCAAAUAUUGGAUUUUAUGCUGUUUGUGAUGGAUGAUCAAAUAGGAUGGAUUAUUGUUGAGUUUGUUGAUGAUGAAAGUGUUGAAGUGGUACCAAACUGUUGGUUAAAAAAUAAUUCUUGCGCUUGGCCUAAAGCUUCUAAACAAGCGAAAAAAUAUGUCCAAAAAAGAAUUAAGCCAAAUAUGAAUGAUUUUAUAUUUUACAAAUCCAGACAAAUUGGACAUAAAGUUUAUAGUUCAUAUAAUGAAGCAAAAAUAAAAUUGCCAUUGGCAAUGCAUAAAUCAGACUUAUCAAGUGCUGAUGACAUUAUUGAUGGUAUGACAAAAAGAAAAAGGAAAUUUCCUUAUUAUAGAGGUCAAAGUUUGUCUCCUGCCACAACUAUAAAAUCAAAAAAACUUGAAAAAGUUAAUAAUUCAAAACAAAUAAAAAUGUCUUCUAAUAGCUGUCCCCCUCGUUAUCACGAUGUUUCUCAGUCAGUUAAUUUAAACGAGGAAACAAAUAUUUUUGAACCUUCUGAUGAUUCAAAUGAUGUGUCUUAUGACUCGGACAAAGAUCCUCUUUGGAAAAUCGAUAAAAGCCAAAGCAAAUCUGUUAUUGAUGGUAUUAAUUGUAUAACACCUGAAAAACAUGCCUCUUCAUUAGUUAAUAAACCCAUUGAUGAUAUAGAACAUAUAAUUUCAUCUCCUGUUGGGACUUGGACGGUUGAAAAAAAUGAGGAUACACAAUUAUUAUAUAAAACAAGUUCUGAUCGAAAUAGUAUCAAAGUUAAAAAAAUAUUAUUUUGUGAUCAAAAUAUUGAAAACACAGGAUCAUCUGGUAUUACAGCUAAUAUUUUAAAACUGCCACAAGAUACUACAAUUUUACAAAACCAGCCAAAUAUAUCUAAUGGUAUGUGCACUGUUUUAGUAAUAUACUAUAGUAAGAUAUAAUAUAGUUAAUGAUGCUAUAAAAUUCUAUUUGACUAAAGAUAUU